AUAAUACGAUUUGGGACGUAAGUUACUAAUUCUAUUUUCGAAUAGUAUUUAGGAUGGAUAAUAUGCGAAUUGGGACGUAGUCAGAGUCAUAGUUCAGGUCAGUUCAAUUAGUUAUUUCCGUGUUUUAAAAGUGGAACCUUUGAUCGCUUGAUCAAAUCCUGUACGGACGUUUGUCAUGACGAACUCGUUCACAGGACGAUGGGGGAUUUUGCUUUUCUAGUCACCAGCGCCCCCUAGAGGGAAACUGUUUUUACCUCCCUAGUAAACCGUCUAUUUGCCUUUUUAUCUUUUUAGUCUAUGCUUUUUACAUUACUUUCUAGCACUACUUCUGUAGGUUGUGUGUGUAAUUCUAUCAAAGCGUUGUCAGACGGGUCAGUUUGGUGAUGCGAGUGCCAGUGCGUUGGGUAUUAUGGGAUGUGAAGGACACACUGUUAAAGGUCCGGCGCUCGGUUGGGGAGCAAUACUGCAGCGAAGCAGAUCGAGCAGGACUGAAGCUGCCAGCGGCUCAAGUCGAAACUGCUUUCAGACAAGCUUACCGGCAGCAAUCCACACUAUUUCCCAACUAUGGCAGAGCUCAGGGAAUGGACAGCCAGGUCUGGUGGACUGGACUAGUGAGGAGUACUUUCGCCCAGUGUGGGGUAGAUGACCCUACUCUACUAGACAAACUAGCCAACAACCUCUAUUACAACUUUUGUGGACCAGAAAACUGGGAGGUGUUUCCUGAUUCUAAUAGCACCCUGAAGUUCUGCAUGGCUUUGGGACUGAAGCAAGGAGUUGUUUCCAACUUUGACAAGCGUUUGGAAGGGAUCCUGAGGGGAUGUGGCCUUCUCACUCACUUCUCAUUUCUUCUGACCUCAGAAGAAGCUGGGGUUGCUAAGCCAAACUCUGCCAUUUUUACCCAGGCGCUGGUGCGAUGCGGUGUGCAGGCCUCCAGUGUAGUCCAUGUUGGGGACCAUUAUGUGAACGACUACUUGACCUCACGCUCAUUGGGUAUUCGAGGUUACCUGCUUGACAGACAAGAUUCUCAUGGGCACCUUGAUGUUCCCACACAACAUAGACUACGGAGCCUAGAUGAAUUACCAGCUCGAUUGCAGCAGGAUACAGACUGAUUGAUGUAAUGUUGCUGUAGGAUUAAACUAAUUUUUAAAUUGACAAUAUAUUUUGCAGUUGCCCAUUUCGUAUGAUGAAACAGAUGAUGUAAGCCUGAAUGUCAGAACAUGGAGAAAAAAGUUCCACUUUAAUUUUAAUAAAAUUAAAAAUAAUGCCUCUAAAUUGUACUGUUGUUAUUAUUGAUCUGCCAAUAAAUUACAUAUUAU